UGAAACAGUUGAGCUUUUUCGCACUAGGAUGCCAUUACGGAAACAUCGCUGUCGUUUCAAAAGUUACGAACAUUGCUUCACAGCGGCUGAAGCUGUGGACUGGCUGCACGAGCUGCUGAGGUGCAGCCAAAACUUUGGCCCCGAAGUGACCCGCAAACAAACAGUCCAGCUGCUAAAAAAAUUCCUGAAGAAUCACGUUAUCGAAGACAUCAAGGGAAAAUGGGGCCAGGAAGACUUUGAAGACAACCGUCACCUGUACAGAUUUCCUCCUUCCUCACCCCUGAAACCAUAUCCAAAGAGGCCCCCAUAUCAAAAGGAGGUUAUUAAAUUUCCAGAAUGGAAUGACCCCCCACCAGGCACUUCUCAAGAGAACAUCCCGGUGAGGCCGGUUGUGAUGAAUUCUGAGUUGUGGUUCAAGCGUCACAGUAUUGCCAUCGGAGAGGUGCCGGCUUGCCGCCUUAUCCACCGUAGGCAGCUGACAGAGGCCAACGUGGAAGAGAUAUGGAAGUCUGCAGCGUUAUCCUAUUUACAGAAAAUUCUUGGCCUGGAUUCCUUAGAAGAAGUGUUAGACGUUAAACUUGUCAACUCCAAGUUCAUCAUCCAUAACGUGUACAGUGUGAGCAAGCAGGGAGUUGUUAUCCUUGAUGACAAGUCAAAAGAACUUCCUCAUUGGGUACUGUCAGCUAUGAAGUGUUUGGCAAAUUGGCCUAAUUGUUCAGAUUUGAAGCAGCCUAUGUACUUAGGAUUUGAAAAAGAUGUCUUUAAAACAAUAGCAGAUUACUUCGGUCACUUGAAAGAGCCUCUGCUUACGUUUCACCUUUUCGAUGCCUUUGUCAGUGUAUUAGGUUUGUUACAGAAAGAGAACAUGGCCAUUGAAGCAUUUCAGAUUUGCUGCCUCCUCCUGCCCCCUGAAAAUAGGAGAAAGUUACAGCUGUUGAUGAGGAUGAUGGCAAGGAUCUGCUUAAAUAAGGAGAUGCCACCACUCUGUGAUGGCGUUGGCACCCGAACACUGAUGGUUCAGACAUUUUCCCGUUGCAUCUUGUGUUCCAAGGGUGAGGUGGACUUGGAUGACUUAUUAGCUGCUAGGCUGGUGACAUUUCUGAUGGACAAUUUUGAGGAGAUUCUGAAAGUCCCUUUGGCCUUGCAGACCUCCACAGAGGAGCGUGUAGCCCAUCUACGAAGAGUCCAGAUAAAAUACCCAGGAGCUGACAUGGACAUCACUCCGUCUGCUCCAUCAUUUUGCCGUCAAAUUAGCCCAGAGGAAUUUGAAUACCAGAGAGCCUACGGCUCUCAGGAACCUCUAGCAGCCUUGUUGGAGGAAGUCGUAACAGAUGCCAAACUCUCCAGCAAAGAAAAGAAGAAAAAUUGAAGCAGUUUCAAAAAUCCUAUCCUGAAGUCUACCAAGAACGAUUUCCUACACCAGAGAGUGAAGCGCUUCUGUUUCCUGAAAAACCAAAACCGAAACCACAGCUGCUAAUGUGGGCACUAAAAAACCCCUUUCAGCCAUUUCAAAGAACUAGAAGUUUCCGGAUGUAAUACUUCUGCGGCUGUUAGAGACCUCGGUCGUUCCUGUUGUUGCGCGUAAACAGUGAUGAGAGGACUAUGGUUGUGGAAGAAAGUGGAGCAUAAAAUACAGAUUACCGAAUUACAGAGAUUACCUGACUUCAAAAAAUAUCGAGCCAUUAUAAAUAUUUUCACAAUACUCAGUGCUACUUUUAAAGGGUGCAAAUCAAUUAAAAAUAAUGAGACAGAUAUACAGU